AUGCCUCCGCACCUCCACCCGCGGUCGCGCAUGACGACUUCGCUCUUUGGAACGACCCUCAUGGUUUCAUUCCUCGUCGUCGCCGCUCCACAUCUGAUACCCUGCCCAGUCGACCCUCGAACGCUCGCCGAUUCCCCAGACCCCACAGGAGAGAACAGGCGGAGAAGGAGACGGAGAAUAUCAGAAGACGAGAGCUGUAAUGAAGGCAUGAGUUUGGAGCGGAGGAGGCAGCGCCUAUUGGAAGAGAAGUUGGCUGCCAAGAGGGAGUGCCCAGUGCCGAAGCCUGGUGGUCUGAUCGGGCAGGUACUGGGUGUGCAAGACGAGGAGAGCAAGGAGGAGCAACAAUUGUCGAUCGUACAAAGGGUCGAGAGGGUCGUCUGCAGACCGUGGGGAAAGAACGACAAUCAAUAA